AUUGAAACAUCCACAUAAUGGCAACAGCUACUUCAUGUGUUUGUUUUUGUUUCAAAUUCCGAAGCGUUCCGUUCGGCUCUCUGAAAGAGAAGCUUACUAAAAUGAUUUAAAGCGCUUAAUUAUAACAUUCUUGGUCGAAACGAUGUAAUAUUUGUUUUGCGUGACAUGUCUAAUUUAGCAAAAGAAAUGUUGAAAGGCAAGCUUCCUCCUCUUUAUUCUGGAAAUACUGGCCUUGCUGCCAGAAAAAUAAAUCGACGUAGAGAUUACACCCCUGUUUCUUGGGACAAAUAUUUUGAUACUUAUCGAGAUGUGAAAGUUUCUGAUGGAAGUAUUUUUAGAGUUUAUUUAAAGGGUACCUCGGGUCCUCUUCUUCUGUUUCUACAUGGUGGCGGAUAUAGUGGUCUUUCAUGGUCAUUGUUAUCUACGAGCAUCAGUCAAUUUGUUGAAUGUCAGGUCGCUGCUUUAGAUUGUAGAGGGCAUGGAGAAACUCAUUCUACUAAUGAAGACGAUUUGUCUGCUGAAAGAUUAUCAAGUGACGUGGGUGAAGUAUUUAAUACACUUUAUGGUGAUGAAGAACAACCCAAUGUGAUAUUAAUUGGACAUAGCAUGGGUGGUGCAGUUGCAGUGCAUGCUGUAUAUAGGAAUUUGAUACCGACUGUUAUAGGCUUAAUUGUCAUUGAUGUUGUUGAAGGUACUGCUAUGGAUGCCUUGCAAAGUAUGCAGAGUUUCUUGCGUAGUCGACCUCCAUCUUUCACUAAUUUGCAAACUGCUAUUGAGUGGUGUGUUAGAAGUGGUCAAAUUCGGAAUGUAGAAUCAGCUAAAGUGUCAAUGCCUGGACAACUUAAAAACUCUUUGACUGGCAAUCCUGCAACAAAGGAAAUCCAUCUCCAAACAUCUGCUGAACAAGCAGCAAUUGAUGUUCUUGCUCCCCGACAAGUUGCUCCUUCAGACAGCAUCAUGGAAGAGGCAGAGGAAGAUGAAGAGCACAAAUCAAAUAGCACACCCACUGUUGCCAGUGAGGACUUUAAGAUACCUCCAAAUCCAACAGCUCAAUCAGCAAAAUAUGUGUGGCGUAUCGAAUUGUCUAAGACUGAAAAGUUUUGGAAUGGUUGGUUUGAGGGUUUAUCAAACAUGUUUUUGUCUACAUCUGUGCCCAAACUGCUUCUCUUAGCAGGCGUGGAUAGACUUGAUAAGGAUUUAACCAUUGGUCAAAUGCAAGGAAAAUUUCAAAUGCAAGUUUUACCUCAGUGCGGACAUGCUGUACAUGAAGAUGACCCAGAUAAGGUAGCUGAAGCUAUAGCUACUUUCCUUGUUCGAAACAAGUUUACAUCAGCAAUCUGUGAUUUUCAAAGCUCAUCUGAUUGAAUGUACAAUUUGAAAGCCGCUUGGCAUGAAUAUUGAUAACAGAUUUACCUUAUUGUGCAUGCUAAGAAGUGUCCACCAUCUUGAAAAACUUAUUCCCCCAAAUUAAAGAAAAUGUAUCAAGAAAUACUGCCAAGAGUGAUAUCAUUUAAACAUAUUUUCAUUAUAAAAUCAUUUGGUCACCACCACAGAGGUGCCAAUUAUUAUGAUUUAUCCACAAUUGCGAUUUUAUUGUCAAGAUUAUGGUUUUACAGUUUAUUAAUGAAAAUUGCUGCUUUUUAGAAAUUUCAUAAUCUGCUUAAAAUACAUUGUUUACCUCUAACCCCAAUAGCGGAAUUUAUUGAGCCUUCUUCAGCUGGUACAGGGGUACUUCUAAUCAGCAGGUGGAGACUUAUCUUUUUAAUAAAUGAGACUUACGCAAAAUUUGCAACUUUGCAAAAUUUGACUUUUGCAAAAUUUGAAUUUUUAAGUUUAAGAUAUUUAAAAAUCAAACUCAAGAAAUGUAUGUUGUUUAAAUUGAAUUUGAAAUAUAUGAAAUUUUACUUAUAAAGGAAAAUGGAAUAGAUCCAUAUUGAAAGCAUAUAAAAAAGUAGACAGAAUUUUUUAUUUUAUUUUUUUAACAGAUUCAAUAAAAACUUAAUACACCACACCAGAUUUAUUUUCAGGCUACUAUUGCCUCUUUUUCAAUAUUAACAGACAACUCUAGACUUUGUGACAGGAAGAGUUCUUUAAACAGAUAUGCUAUACAUCGUGCGACUAAAACAUGCAUAUCUUUCUGUCAAAGUAUAUUGCAAACUAUUCUGUAAUAUUUGCAUAUCUUUGCAAAAAUUAUGCAAGACCUCAUUUGCAGACAAAUAUUUGUCACUGCAGAAUUAACUUGCAGACAAAUUGCCUCAUUGCAAAAAUUUCUCUGCAAAAAAUUUAAAUCUUUCUGAAAACUUCUACAGAUUCCAUCACGAUUUAAGAAAUUUUGUUAUUUGCAAGUAAUGUACCCAAUUUUUUUCUGUUUCUUAAAUAAGUCUAAAAGCAAUAAAUAAAGAUAUGAUAGUUAGAAGUUACCGGAUUUAUCAGUAGCAAUUAAACUUAAUACAUGUGGUGAUGUAUGUUUAAAUUUUUUUUGUAUUAAAUGCAGCUAUAUUUUUAUGCAUAAAUUUAGCUUUUUUCAGUUGAAAAUGUAUGCAGCAUAAUAGUGUAACACUGGAUAAUAUUUUGCUCUAUUCUUGCUUUCCAUGCAAAUUUCUUUUAUGGUUAAGAUUUAUAAAAUAAAUAGUAGAUAGUAGUGUACAAGAUAACGGUGUAUUCAUUGCUACUUUAAUUAUGUCUAGUGUUUAUGAAUUUAAAACCUGUUUUGUGUUGUUCAAGUAUUUUAAAAGGUGAUUUUCUAUUUAACGAGUUUUCCAUGUAACAAACUUAUUGUCGGGAUUUAGCGACUUCGUUAAAUAGAGGUCCGACUGUAUUUUUAAAUUAAUACACUAACCUAAUAGAGCAUUGCAAUUUUAUUCAAUUUUUCUGCUAUUCUUUUUUUAUGUAUAUAAAUAAUGAUAAAAUAGAUUGAUAGAUAAUAUCUAAUCUAUACCCAAGAUGAUAAAGAAUUUUUAACUUGUACCAUUGAAAAGGGAGGAAUCUUUUAUAAUAAUUUUGAUUAUUGUGUUUUGUUUUAAAUGAUAGCUUUUAUAUUUAGUUUUACUUCUUGGCAAUAUUUAACUUUUUCAAUUAAAGAAUGUAAACAAGUUUUAUAAGGGAAAGCAAUAGAUGAAGCAUUAUAGUUAUUUUUUCUUGGCUCUUUCAUCUGUCUCUUGUCUGCAUUGUUUUCUUAGCAUUGUUCAUUGUUAUUGUUUUGUUCUAAUAAUUAUUAAAAAGAUAAGGUUUUCAUUAGUUACUUGAUAUAUUUUUUAUUUAAGUUCUAACAUUUUGAGUUUUGUUAAAGCAUUUUUUUUAAUAUUGUUUUCAAACCAUUUUAGUUUAUGUCUUGUUAAAAAAUGUACUGAAACUAAUUAUAAUAAAUGUUUUACCAUUUGAGAUCAGUUCUAUUCUAUAAUUAUUCAUGACUUAUUCUUUGUUACAAUGGAAAAUUCAGUUAUAUUUUAUAUUCAGUUGAUCAAAUAUUAAAUAUAAUUUGAAAUCUAUGUUUUAAAUUUAUUUUUCAUGGUAAAAAUGCUAUAAAUUAUUCAUAUUUAUAGUUUCCUUGCUAAUUAAAAAAAUUAAUUAUUUAAUGUCUAAAGGGUCUUGUUGAAUAAAUAUACUUUAAAUUCACCAACAUUCUAAAUAAGUUUGUUUGUGUAAAUAAAAUAAGGCAUAUAAAAAUCAUACAUAUUAUCAAUGUAAAUAAAAAACAAUUUUAAUUUGCACAAUGCUACGUUUAAUUCAAAUUUUUUAUUUAAACUGAAUAGUUGUAUACUUUCAAGAAGAUUUUAUCUUGAUGUAGUUUUUUCAUGUUCCUGCAUACAUCGAGUAAAUUAAUUUUUAAGAUAUGGAUUUAGAAAAAAAUAUUAAUUCUAAUUUGAAAAUGUACUUGUAUGUGUACUAUUCAGUCAAAUUAUUCUUUAAUUUUUUAUUUUAUUCUUAAACUUUUAUUCUUUUAGUUUUUUGAAAACCUUUUUUUUAUAGAACUAAAGUGAAAUAGAGAAAUUUAAUUCGUUUGUUUUCAGUAAAGACUACUGUAGGCUGAUAGUGUUGCAGAAACUUAUUUCCAUUCAGCUAAAGUGUGCUUGAAUUUUCAUUUUUAGGUGUAAUAAUUUGAAAAAACUUUUUACUCUAAAUAUUUUGCAUUUCAAUUUUCAUCUAAGCAUUCUAAACAAUUUACAUUUGCUUCAAUAAAAGCUUUUUUCUUGAUGCAUGUUUUGCAUCGUAUUGUAAUUUCUUUUAAAAUGCUAAUUUUUAAACUAAAAUUUAAUACAUAUACAGAAAUACCAACAACUACUACGGAUUCUUUGUAGUUUUGAAUUGUUUUUUUUAGUGGCAGUGAACUAAAGCCAAAUUUUUUGAAACAGAUUUUUUUUAAAAAUUAUUAGAACUCAAUCAGUUUUCUAUAUGAUUAUAUAUAUCUCUGUUUAAUUUACUUGUGUUUAUUGAUGGACAAAAUUCUUUUAAUUCUAAUUUAAUAAAAUAUAAAUACAUUACCAUUGCUACCAUUAUAAAAAAUUUAUUUUUCCAACUACGGUCAGUCCACAGUAGUUAGAGUAUGUACAGUGCACCUAAAAAAAAGGACCACCCUGAAUAACUUCUGAUCUAACGAUCGUAUCUUCUCAUUCUUAAUGUUUUGAGGGAGUGACCUCAAAUAUGCUAAUUAAUAUUAGAGCUGACGAUAUUUUAAGUCCCGAAAUCAGACCCAAAUACGUACUUUCUCUGAAUCAGGGCUGAUUGUACUCCGGAAAAAUCCUGAUUUCCGGAAUUUUCGCUAACAGUGAUCCGGAGAUCGAAGAUCCAGAAGUUUCCGGAAAUCAAAUUUUCAAAGGUGGAACUUAAAAACACAGUUUAUUUUAUUUGUUUGUAAGGGAGAGCCAGAGAGAUACUUUAUAAGCUUAUAUUCAUGAUUAAUAUCCAUUUUUUAUCAGUAAAUAGUUGUUAUAAUCAUUAGCUCAAGAAAGAAAGACACAUUUGUAAAUUUUAAUUACUUCUCCAGGUUAAUUUUUUAAUUUAAACUGUUUUUUUUUUAACUCAGGAAAUUUUUUGGAAAUUUGACUUGAGCUCACAAUCACCCCUGCUGAAUAAGCAUAGUUUUAUUUCCCAACUCAUUUGGAUUUCUGGAUUCUCAUUACCCCAAAAUAUAGGGGGUAGCUGCAAUCUGCUAAAUAUGAUCCCAAUAGUUUUGUUAGGAGAGAGAUUCAAGGUUAAAACCCCUUAAUGUUUAUUUUACUUUUUGUGUAUUUCUCGAGAACUUUUUAAGCAUAUUGAAAAAUUUUUGCGUACAAUUAUAAAAUUCGUUCUUCCAAAGAUAAUUCCAUGCAAAAAAAAUAAAUUUUAGUCAAUGUUUAUUAAUUUUUAUUAUUUUGUUACAUAAUAGGCGAAAAAAUGUUCAAUUGUAAGGUAUACAAUUUUUUACAUCAUUUUAAAGUUACAUUACAAAAUUUGAGCAAAACGGUUGAACAUUUCCUGAGAAGUUGUAUAUUUGAGGUCACCCCCUCGAACCAUUAAGAUUGAAUCCUAUAAGGUGAAGAUCCAACCGUUAAAUCAAAAGUUAUUCAGGGUGGUUCGUUUUUCUUUGGCACAAUUUGUUUUACUUAUGGUGUUAUAAAAAAUUUGUUUUACUUAUGGUGUUAUGUUCAUAUUUGCACUUUAAACAGGUGCUACAUAUACAUUUAUGAAAUAAUUUGCUUAUUUCAUAAAUGGAAUUUUUUUAUAUUUUAUUAUUUAGAUUCUUUAGUUUAUCUAUUCCAGUUUCAUUUUAAUAAUAUAUUUACUUUAUUAACCCUUGUAUUAAAUGCCGUGAAAUGGUGAACAGUUAAUGCAGAACUGAUAAAAUAAUGAUUUCUGUACAGAAUUAACGUUAGUACUUCCAGUUGUAUGCUUAAUGUACUAUAACAAUAGUGUAAAUAAAUUAAUUUAAAACUCA